UCACAUAAUGUCAGGCAUCAAAGCAACUAAAUGCAAGGCUCUGUUACGAGUUCUGAUUCCAUGGGUUUUAUUGACCAACGUCAUGGUGGCGCUGUACUGCUUAAGAAACCCAAACCAAGUGAAACUCAGCGACUCCCAAAAAGACACGUGUCCCCUCGGUGUGGCAAAAUUACAAAACAAAAGUUUGAUCAAGCAGUCUCACUCAGAAGAGUGCUCACCCAAAGUGAACGUCAUGUUUAUGAAGACGCAUAAAACAGCUAGCAGCACCAUCCUCAAUAUCCUCUUCAGGUUUGGAGAAAAGCACAAGCUCAGGUUUGCAUUUCCUGAUGGGCGCAAUGACUUCUUCUACCCAUCGCCGUUCCUGUGCUCCCAGGUGAAGGACUACAAACCUGGAGAAUGUUUCAACAUCGUUUGCAACCACAUGCGCUUUGAUCAUCAAGAAGUGUCCAAGCUCCUGCCUCCAGACAGCGUGUACGUCACCAUCUUGCGUGACCCGGUGGAUCUUUUUGAAUCUUCCUUCCAUUACUACCACAAAGCAGUUCCCCUUACGUGGAGGAUCAGAGGUGAAAACAAGCUGGCAGAGUUUCUGAACAACCCUUGGACCUUCUACAGUCCAGAGGCUUUCAACUCAUUCUAUCUAAAAAAUCUGCUCUUUUUUGACUUUGGUUUGGAUAACAACCUCGAGGCUGAUGAUCCUCGCGUCAUGACAGAAAUUAAGAACUUAUCAAGACGUUUUCAUCUGGUCCUCAUUGCAGAAUAUUUCGAGGAGUCUCUUAUUCUGCUGAAGGAUUUGCUCUGUUGGACAAUGGAGGACAUCCUGUACUUUAAGCUUAAUGCUCGCAAGAGCUCAUCCGUGUCUCACUUGGAUGCUGAGAUGAGAGCCAAAGCUCUACAGUGGAAUGGGGCAGACUGGAAACUCUAUCAGUAUUUUAACGGUACCUUCUGGGCCAGAGUCGAGGCAUAUGGGAGAGAAAGAAUGAAGCAGGAGGUAGAGGAGCUGAGGCGAAGAAAUGCUGAGAUGAAGGACAUCUGUGUUGAAGGCGGAGGUGCGGUUGAAGUGCAGAAGAUUCAGAACAGACGUUUCCUGCCCUGGCAGCCGGUUGGAGAGAGUUCCAUCCUGGGUUACAACAUCAAGAAAGAUAUUGAUCCGAGAUUCAGGACAGUCUGUGAAAAAAUGCUCACACCUGAAAUACAAUACUUAUCCGAGCUGGGUGUAAGCCUGUGGCUCACAAGACUGUGGGGUUGGUUAAAAGAUGCUAUCUACUGA